AUGAAUUUUAAAGAAGGUGGUUCGACAAAGGGGGGCAUGGGAAAACCAAGGGCCUCCAAAUGGUCAGACGAGAUGCCCAUUACUAAGACCUACCCAUCAAUUAUGGCUCUGUAUACAGACCCUCCUAUCAUGCAGUGCUCAUUGAGAUUCAUGGUUGCCUCCAUAAUUGUUUUGAUCUCAUGCAUGAUUGGCUUUCCUAGAUUGAACAAGGUGGAGGAGGUGGCCGGGAUUGCUAAGGGGGGUGGCUAA